AUGCUGGUCGCGCGUGAAAAGAGGCGAUCGGUGGCCGCUGAGAACGAGAACAACCAGCGGGUGAGCAGCCGCCUGGGCAAGCUGUGGCGUUCUCUCAGCGUCGCCGACAAGGAGCCUCGCCAGCGCAAGGCGGCCGCAGCUGCCGCCGUCCACAGAAGGAAGCAUCCGGGAUACGUGUACAAUCCGCGUGAGGCCCAGCGGUGCAAGAGGCAGGCGCGCAGGACCGAGGCGGUUGCCAGCAAGCUCAAGAAUGGCACUUCCAGGGACGAGCAGCAGCAGCCGAGCAUUUCCACGGCCGUGGCCCAGGGUCGAUGCACGCCGGAGUACCAGCAGCAGCAACAUCCGCCGCCGCCGCUGCAAAGCAACGAACAAUGUGCAACCAGCGCGGCCCGGGGUAACGCUACGGGCGCUGGUCAGGGAAUGCCGCUUGGCCGUAAGCCACUGUCGCGGCGUCGGCUCGCUCGGCUCGCUCGGCUGCGCGGCCCUACAACGUGCUCCGGUUCCCAGUUCCCCUGCCACCACCAAAGCGUGCGCCGAACAGAGAACACGCCAUGCCCAACACUCACUCAACGGCAGCUCGCUCAUUCCAAGCAGCCUGAAACACCGAAUGUCCUAACAGUGCUUGAUAAUCAACUAUACCCUACGGUCCUGGACGACGACGACGACUCGUUCGACCAGGGCGGAAUCAGGGAGACCCAAGGCUUUGCAGACGGCACCCCAGGCCAAGAAGAAGAAGCAGAAGAAGAAGAAGCUCGUCGUUCCACCCGGACAGAUCCUCGGACGGCUACAACUUUGGACACCCUGGGCUCUGCCAACGACGACCCCGGUAAAAGUCGGACGUCACCGUCGGCUUCGCUUCGGCAGACGACCAACCGCGCGCGCCUGCGAAGCAUUGCGCGCCUCCUGUCGCGGCCGGCAGCAGAAGCGGCGACGGCGGUGCCUGACGUGGCCUCCGAUCCCGGCGUGGGGGUUGCAUCGUCGAGUUGCGAGGUCCAGCACAGUUACCAGCUGCGGUCGCGCAUUCCGCGGCCUCCAAACGCCUCGAUGCUGGUCGCACACGGAAAGAGGCGAUCGGUGGCCGCUGAGAACCCGAACGAGAACAACCAGCGCGUGAGCAGCCGCUCGGGCAAGCUGUGGCGUUCUCUCAGCGUCGCCGACAAGGAGCCUCGCCAGCGCAAGGCCGUCAACAAAAAGAAGUAUCCGGGAUACGUGUACAGUCCCCGUGAGACGCACCAGUGCAAGAGGCAGGCGCGCAGGACCAAGGAGAUUGCCAAAAAGCUCGUGAAUGGCACUUCCGGGGACGAGCAGCAGCAUCCGAGCAUUUCCGUGGCCGUGGCCCAGGGUCGAGGCACACCGCAGUUCCAGCACCAAUAUCAGCCGCCGCCGCUGCCGCCGCAAAGAAAAGAACAACGGGCAACCAGCGCUGCCCUUGGCAACGAUUCGGUCGCUGCUCAGGGAAUGCUGCUCCCUAGGCCGUCGGCCACUGUCCCGGCCACGGCGUCGGCUCGCUCGGCUGCGCGACCCUACAACGUCCACCGGUUCCCCGGUCCUCUGCCACCAUCAGUGCGAGAAACCAACAGAGAAAACGCCGUGUCCACCGCUCUGUUAACGGCAUCUCGCGCAUUCAAAGAGCCUGAAACGCCGAAUGCCCUAACAAUGCUUGAUAAUAAGCUAUACCCUACGGUCCUGGACGACGAAGACGACUCGUCUGCGGGCACGUCGCCGUUCGACCAGGGCGGAAUCCGGGAGACCCAAGGCUCUGCAGACGGCGCCCCAGGCAAAGGUCAGCCAUCGUCGUCGGCUGCUGGCUGCACCGCAGUAUAGCACCGCAAGCACGCGCCAGCCAGGGGUUCGGGGUCAGCUGCUAAGGAUCGGCAAUCAGCUGCAGAACACUGUGCCGUCCUCAUCCGCACGGUCGCGAUUAGUGCGAGGAUGCCGGAUUGCACCAAAAGUUUAUAAGUUCUUUUUAUUAUGUAAAAG